CCUCUAGCGGAUCUACAGCAGAACUUCAUCCUCUCCCACAAUGCACUUCAUCGCUGUUUUCCCAUAAUUCCCUGCAGCAAGUCCUCUUUACCAGUCAAGAUGGCAGACAGACCAGUUGCUGUAGUUGAGAAGAGACUCAUGGACGUGAAACUUGGCGAGUUGGGGAGCUGGCUCGGAGGUCGAGACUUCACGCCUAACGGGAUCAUCUCUGCUGUCCGCAGAGGUCAUGACAGGUAUUACAACAAAUACAUCAACGUGAAGAAGGGAGGAAUCGGGGGCGUUGCGAUGCUGCUGGUGGGUUACGUGGCUCUCAGCUACAUGUGGGAAUACGACCACAUCAAACACGACCGCUGGAGGAAGUAUCACUAAAUGUUCAGAUGGCGUCCUCGAGUCUUUGACCCCCGACUCUCUUUAUGUUCAACAUGUGACCAAUAAAUAAACACUCAAAGGAU